AUGAGUGCUCCAUUAAUCGACAAAUAUCGGAAAAUGGCGACCUUCGAUUGGAGAAAAUUGAAAGCAGCUGUUGAGGGAGAGGAACAUGCAGAAGUUGUCGCCAAAAUGAAAUCUGAACCAGUUUUUCAAAGGGAUUUUAGAGUUUUGAGUCGUGAAGAGCAUCGAGAAGUCGUUCAUCAGAGAUGGAAGAAAAUUGUCGAGUGGGGACUUUUUAAAGAUCCAUACUCAGAUCUUGAAAACUUCCACGCUUUGACUGAGACUCUUGAAGCAUACGAUCAAGGAACAUCUGCUAGACUUUUUCUUCAUGGAAAUGUUUUUGGAGCAGCUGUGAAAUCAAUGGGCACUGAAAGACACAAGGAAUUGGUGCAACAGAUUGAGAAUAAUGAGAUUGUUGGAGCAUUCUGUCUGACAGAAAUCGGUCAUGGCUCAAAUACUGCAGAAAUUCAAACGACGGCAACUUUUGAUAAUGGACAACUAGUGUUCAAUACUCCAGACGUUGGUGCAAUCAAGUGCUGGGCUGGAAAUGUUUCUCACUCUGCCACCCAUGUAGUUGUGUACGCUCAACUUCACGUUGGUGGGAAGAACGAAGGAUUUCAUGGAUUUGUGAUACAAGUGCGAUGUCCCAAAACAUUUCAAACUCUUCCUGGAAUCACUAUCGGAGAUAUGGGAUCAAAGCCAGGAUGUUGGCAGGGAGUAGAGAACGGGUGGAUAGAAUUCAAGAAUCAUAGAGCUCCACUGAGUGCACUGCUAAACAAAGGAUGUGAUAUCACUCCAGAUGGGAAAUAUGUGACAAGUUUCAAAUCGGCUAGUGAGAAACAAAGUGUCAGUUUAGGAACUCUCUCAGUUGGAAGACUUGGAAUCAUCGCAAAAGGUAUGAUGGCUUGUACUUUCGCCUCCACUAUAGCAAUCCGAUACAGUGUCGCAAGAAGACAAUUUGGACCAGAAAAAGGAGCUGAAAAUGAGAUUCCUGUUUUGGAAUAUCCUCUUCAACAAUAUCGUCUGUUUCCAUAUCUUUCCGCAGCUAUUUGUAUUAGGAUUUUCCAAAAGACAUUCGUCGAGAAAUUCACAGAGUACAUGAUGAGAGUAAUGAUGGGAGAAAAGUCAGAGGAAUUAUCUGAAUUUUCAAAAGAAGUCCACGCACUGUCAUCUGGAGCAAAGCCAGUAGCCACGUGGCUAGGAGUUGAAUCGCUUGGAGAAGCAAGAAAAGCGUGUGGAGGUCAUGGAUUCCUCCAUAUGUCUCGACUGAAUACACUCCGAGAUGAUAAUGAUCCAUCACAGACUUUUGAAGGAGAGAACUUCAUGAUUCUUCAGCAAACGAGUAAUAUUCUGUUGGGAAAAGUGUCAUCAAUUGGAACUAUUAAUACUCCAAUGUCUACGAUGUCUUUCUUGAAUUCAAACCCUUCAAAGUUCUCAUCAUGGUCAUCAAAUCCAGUGGACGAUGCACUUUCUGCUUAUCGAUAUCUCACUUAUCACCUACUUCAAACAACAUCAUCUGAAGCCAAAAAACUGAAAGGAGCCGGAAAGAACUCAUUCGAAGUUCGGAAUGAAAUUCAAGUUCAUCGAGCUGUCAACUUGUCAGUUGCCUACACAGAACACACUAUGAUUGAUUGGGUUCAGAAGUUUAUAGAAGAAGUUGAAGAUGUCACUGUAAAGACAGUUCUUCAAAAAGUUCUCAAUCUAUUUUCUCUAUUCCUUUUGGAAAGACAUCUUGCCACGUUGUAUAUAACUGGAUACGCGUCAGGAGGAAAAUUCGGAGAAGACUUGAGAGAGAAACUGAGACACGCUGUAGCAGAAUUGAAACCAGAGUCGAUGGCUCUCGUUGAUUCGAUAGCUCCAGACGAUUUCAUUCUGCAUUCAGCACUGGGUGCUUCUGAUGGACGAGCGUACGAUCAUAUAAUGGAAGAAUUCCGGAAGUAUACAAAUGAACAACCAAAAUGGGUUUGCGAUUUGGCACAGUUCCUGCAAAAGAGAUCACAAACUUCUAAACUAUAA